UAUAUAUGUGGCCCUCAUUCAGUCUGUCAGUCCUCCUUCCCUGUUCAUCCACCAUCAGUAAUAAUGAGGUCUGUUGUGGCUGUUUUGCUGCUAGUGGCUGUGGCAUGUAGCAGAGCUGAGGACGAUAAGAUCAUCGACGGGUACGAGUGUCCACCUCACUCCCAGCCCUGGCAGGUGUUACUAAGAAAAGAUGGUGAAGACUGGUGGUGCGGUGCAUCCUUAAUCAGCGACAGGUGGGCAGUGUCCGCUGCUCACUGUUACCUGCCGGCAACUGGUUUUACUCUCCACCUGGGAGAGCACCAUUUGUUCAAAGAUGAAGGCACAGAGCAGACGAUCAGGCCAGAGAAGUUCAUACUUCAUCCUGACUACAAUAAAGACACGUUGGACAAUGACUUGAUGCUGGUCAAGCUGAGCCAGCCUGCCGUUUUCAAUGAGUAUGUGCAGCCGAUACCCCUGGCAACCACAUGUUCAAAGGAAGGGGAGCAGUGCGUGGUAUCUGGAUGGGGUAAUCAGAUCAAAACCGGAGAGGACUAUGCAGAAGUACUGCAGUGUCUGGAUCUGCCUGUAGUCUCUCACGCAAAGUGUCAGGUGUCUUAUGAGAAGAUUUUUCUCAAAGUCACAAACAACAUGUUCUGUGCUGGCUUCUUUGAUGGAAGUAAAGAUUCCUGCCAGGCUGACUCAGGUGGUCCUUUGGUGUGCAAUGGGAAGCUGCAGGGUGUCGUAUCUUGGGGCUUUCGCUGCGCAUUCCCUGGCCUCCCUGGUGUUUAUACUGAAGUCUGUCACUAUACUAAGUGGGUCAAGGACAUCAUGGCCAACAACUAAGAGUGAAAGUUGUUAUGCAGUGUUUAAGAUCCAGUUUGGACUUCAUUCAAUAAAGUUCUUUGAUUAAGCAAAA